AGACCUCAUAAAGGCCGCGAGAGAGGUGCCAUCGCGAAUUCGCAGAAACAGAGAGUUGGACGGCCCAAAAAAUAUAAAUUAUUCUGUAUGUCACAAUGCACCAGGGAUAUUAAUGCCUGUCUUGUUCAAUUCAUUCUUAUUAAUCUCAUGCUUCUAACAACCAAGCUAAUUCAUGCGGUGCCCCAUGAUUAUAAAGCUCCCACCUGCGGCAUGUGCUUGUCGAAUCCAUAAAUGGUUAUAUCCCAGUGCUUACAUUUCUUCAAGUUCCUGCGCUAGUCAUAUUGAAGAUGAAUCGGAAAGGAUUGGAAAUCCGAAGGACUCAUCAGGAUUCGAGCAAAAUAUUAACUUUCUGAGGAACAAACUUGUGCCGGAGAACUUAAUCCGGAUUUUGAACUGUACAAGUGAUUUGAAUUCAGCAGUGAAGAUAUUCAAUUGGGCUGCUCUUCAGAAGAGUUUCCGCCACACCGCCAGUACAUAUUAUCAAAUGAUUUUGAAACUGGGUAUGACUGGGAAUGUUCAGGAGAUGGGGGCUAUCUGUCAAAAUAUGGUGAAGGAUAGAUGCCCGGGCGCUGAAGAAGCUCUUGUGGCGUUAAUUCGCACAUUUGUUGGGCAUUCUAGGCUUAACGAAGCGAUGACAGUUUUUAUGAACAUGGAUUUUGGUACUUAUAAGCCCCCAGUACAUGUGUUUAAUGUUCUAUUGGGGGCUCUUGCAAAAGAAAAUGGAGAUUUUCAAAAUGCAUUGUUUGUUUAUAAAGAGAUGGUCAAAGCUGGAAUCUUACCCACAAUCGAAACCUUGAAUUGUUUGUUGGAGGUAUUGUUUGCGACCAAUCGAGUUGAUUUGGCUUUGGAUCAAUUUAGAAGGAUGCACAAAAAAGGAUGCAGUCCGAAUAGCAAGAGUUUUGAGAUUCUUGUAAAGGGUCUUUUUGCAAAAGGUCGAGUGAAUGAAGCUACUUCAGUGUUAGAUCAAAUGCUUGAACUCAGGUUUGUGCCCGAUUUAAGUUUUUUUAGAUGUUCCAUACCUCUCUUUUGCCAGGAGAAUAAACUACAGGAGGCAGUAAAGUUGUUUGAGAUGAUGAAAGUUUCUGAUUUUACACCUGAUUCUUUAAUUUACGAGUUUCUUCUACAAUGUUUGUGCAAGAAUGUGCGGUUGGAUUCUGCAGUAUCCCUUACAAACGAGAUGAUAGAAAGUGGUGUACCACUAGCUCACAAUGUUUUUGUUGAUAUGGUAAACUGCUUUUGUGAGUUAGGGAAAUUCGAUGAGGCUAUACUGUUCUUGGAUGAUAAACAAGUUGUUGAAACUCCUCCUUACAAUGCAUUGCUUGAAGGUUGCUGCAAUGCUGGUGAAAUUAGGAUAGCUAAUGCUUUGCUGCAAACAAUGUCUGCGAAAAAUAUAGCUGACUGUUAUUCUUGGAAUAUUAUCAUCAGAUGGCAUUGUGAGAAUGGAGAGACUAGGAAAGCAUAUGAACUUCUUGGAAGAAUGAUCACGUCCUCAGUUACACUUGACCAUAUCACUUAUUCUGCUCUUGUAAUUGGCAACUGUAGAUUCAAAAAGUUUGAAAAUGCAAUGGAAUUGUUUGGCCAAGUUUGUGCCAGAUGCUGGCCUUUGGAUUUUACAUCUUAUUCUGAACUAGUUGGAGGCCUAUGUGACAUUAACAAAAAUGAAGAGGCCACUGAAGUCUUUAAUUACAUGGCUUUAAAGAGAUGCUCUCUUGAACCCCUUUCCUUCUACAAGUUGAUUAAGAGUGUUUGUAACAUAGGAAAAAUCAAUGAGGCCAUAAGGCUGUGGCAGCUAGCUUACUAUAAUGGCAUUUCUUGCUUGAUUAACGUCCACACUACCAUGAUGCAUGAGUUACUUAAAUUAGGGAAGGUAAAAUGUCUCUUUGUAAUCCUCUCACGACUGUUGAUAGAGGGCUGCAACCUUGAUGUGGAAGCAUACUGCAUCCUUAUUCAAAGUAUGAGUCAACAAAAUCGAGCAAACCAAUAUGUUUUACUUUUUAACAUGAUGGUUAGUGAAGGUCUGUUUCCUGAUCCGGAUAGACUAUAUGAUCAACUGGCAUUUAUUGCUAAUCAUUCUCGGUUAACUAUGAUUUCUGGUGCAAUUGGUAAACUUAUAGAUGGUGAAAUUCUGAAUUCAGCAAUGUAUAGCUUACUGAUAAAUGGACUUUGGAAAGAGGGUAAAAAACAUGAGGCUCAUCGAUUAUUGGAUUUGAUGUUAGAAAAGGGUUGGGUUCCAGAUGCUAGCACUCACAAAUUGUUGAUUGGAUCUGAUGUCAAAGAAGAAAGGAGUCACGAAAUGUUGAUGUUUAACAACUCCUUGCAAGAUUCUGUUAGCAACAUACUUGCAGAAAGUCUUGGAGAUACCUGAAACAUAAUAAUUGCAUUAAAAGACUCUCGAUGGCUGAGCAUGCCAGUUCCAUCAGCGGUGCUGCUCUGUGCAGUACUGCUUCUUUACCGGCUGACAAUGCCCGUCAAGUGGUUUCUUCCGUAUGUACUCUUGCAGCGACCAUCAACCUUACUUUUUGUCUAUUCUCUCAGAAAAGGCUGCUGCCCUGGUGUCAACUUGAUCAAAUUUAUUAGCCAUGAUGAAAUGGAACUAAUCUCAUUGAUCCAAGGUGCAGAUGGCCUACGUGCAUUCCUUAUAUAUCCGUGGCUUGAUGAAGCUGUGAACUAACAUUGAGAGGAGAAUUAAAUUUCAUUGCUGUCAUUCAGAUGUACUGAUUAAGAUGAGUGACUUCAAAUCUACAUCAGAUGCAAGGUGUGAGGAGGCAGCCCAGGUUGAAGAGUAUUUGCGUCUUCUAUGGGAGCAGCCAGGGCAAGAAACAAGCUGUAAAGAUGCUGCCAUUAAGUUUAGCGGGGAAUUGGUGAUGCAGUGUUUAAUGGUUUCCCAUAUUUUCGCCUCCCUUAUUCUUUUCAUUCCAUAUAUUAUCCCAUAUGUCACCCCCCUUCAAAAUACCUUAAUUCUGUUCGCUGUAAAUAUCAUCCAAUGCAUCUGGGCUUGAGCUUUUCUCUUGGUUCAGUUUAUGCCUUUCAUAUA